CUUUUAGCUUACAUGACAUCUUUGACGUGGGCUUCAUUUUAUGUAAUAAAUGUUUCACGUCAGCCCAAAAGGGUGAUAAAAAUACGUUAAAAUUGAGUUCAGGGAUAAUAGUACCCCUGUGAAGGAGUAUAUCGGAGCAACUUUGAUCAUAGUUAGGAAGAUAAUGGAUACUUAUCUCAAAAAAAUAUAUAUAUUUCAUUGCCAAUACUCCCUAUUAGAGAUUAUUGUUCCCAGUUUAGAGUAUGAGUAAGUUGGAGGCCCCAUUUGCUUUUGCUUUUUAAACAUUAUUGGAAAUACUAUGCAUCAUUUUCUACCUAACAUCAAUCAUUUGUUCUCUCUCUAUCUUCUAAUUUUCAGCUUUUCAUUUUUCAAGCUAAUAGUUUUGAGGAACAAAGCAACUAUAUCUGAAUUUUCAUCAAGUGAUAAGAUCCUGAGAAUUUGAAAGGAAAGGAACUUGAAAGACAAUUUUAUCUAGUUUUAUACGUCAGAUUCGGAGAAUUUGACUAGUGAAACUUGAAAGACACUUGAGUCAUGGAAAAACAAGGAGAAAUAGAGAAAGGGAAAGCAAACAAUUUUGAGGUGUCAUUUUCUGCUCUACGCAAGGACGUUGUCAACGUUCUGGAUUUCAUGGAGAGGUUAAAGAAUGAAGAAGAUCAAAAUGUUGUUGACAUGGCCGAUCAAAUUGAAAAGCUGAAAUUUGAGCUGGCAUUUAUUUGUACGUACGUCCAGCUUUCUUAUUCUGAUUUGAAAGAGUUUGAAGAUACAACGACUGGCAAAAGACAAGAGGUUGAAAAUCUGCUUCGACCAAUUUUGAACAAUGUUGGCAAGAAUGUCAGGUGUAAAUACAACAUGGAUCAUGUCCUUCCUAGCCUCAUGGAUAAUAUCGAUGAAUGUAUCAGCUCAUGUCAUCGUUCUAAAUCAAGUGCCACCAUGACUGACGAGCAGUUGAAUUCCCUCCUCCUGAAUCUCCAUCGUAUGUCCAAGUAUCAUGCUGAAAAGAUAUUUCCAUUAGAGACUCAGUAUGAGAUUCUUCAGAAUGUAUGUGGAAAUGUAAGAGAUUUCCAUGGGUUGAUAGUGAAUGGUUGCAUUGAGCACGAGAUUGUUCAAUGUGUCUUACCUCAAUUUCAACUCAUGGCUGAGAGAGUUGCACUCUUCCUUUGGGAUGAUCGACUUGAUGGAGACUAUCGACUCUACAAGCUAGCACAUCUACUCAUGAAGAUCAUUCCAAUUGAACUGGAGGUGAUGCGCAUAUGCUGUACAAAGUUAAAAGCUUCACCAUCAAUAGAAGUUGGAUGCUUCAUCAAGCAGCUCCUGGAAACCUCUCCAGACAUUCUUAGAGAAUAUCUGAUUCAUCUACAAGAGCACAUGGUAACUGUUAUUACCGCUAGCACUUCAGAGGCUCAAAACAUUCUUGUCAUAAUGGAGUUUCUGAUGAUUAUUCUUACUGACAUGCCUACCGACUUUAUUCAUCAUGACAAAUUAUUUGAUCUUUUGGAACGUAUUGGAGCACUUAUCAAGGAGGUAUCAACUCUCAUUCAUGACUUAGAAGAAAAAUCAACGAAUGAAGAGAGCACCGAUGAAACAAGUCGUGCAACUCGAGACUUGCUGGAAAAUAUUGAACUCCUCAAGGAUGAUCUCAAACAUGGUUACAUGAAAGCCCCGGACUCAUAUCAAUGUUACUUCCCCAUGAAUGAUGGACCUCUCUUCAUGCAUAUGCUGCGCAUACACUUGAAUGAUCUGCUAUAUUCCAAUGCUUAUUCAAUUGCAUUGAUAAAGGAAGAAAUUGCGCUGGUGAAAGAAGACUUAGAAUUCAUAAGAUCGUUCUUUGUGAAUGUUGAGCAAAGAUUGUAUAAGAAUCUAUGGGCACGUGUUUUAGAUGCGGCAUAUGAGGCAAAAGAUGUCAUUGAUUCAAUUAUUGUUCGAGAUAAUGGUCUCUUACAUCUUAUUUUCUCACUUCCCAUUACAAUAAAAAAGAUCAAGCUUAUCAAAGAAGAAGUCUCCAUUUUACCUGAGAAGAUUCCCAAGAACAAGAGCUUCGUUGUUGUAAACUCUCCCAAGAAUCCAGUUGAAAGAAAAUCAUUGACAACUGGUAAAAUAAUUGUAGGUUUUAAGGAGGAGACAAACUGGUUAAUUAGUCAGCUCACCAGUGGGCCGAAAGAUCUUGAUGUCAUUUCAAUCACUGGUAUGCCGGGUUCGGGCAAAACUACUUUGGCGUACAAAGCAUACAAUGAUGAAUCAGUUUGCAGUCAUUUCGACCUUCGUGCAUGGUUCACAGUUGACCAAGAUUACGACGAGAAGGAGGUGUUGGUAAAACUUUUUAAUCAAGUUACUGGCUCGGAUUUGAAGUUCAGCGAGGAAAUUGAUGUUGCCGAUGAGCUACGGAAAAAAUUGUAUGGAAAGAGGUACCUAAUUGUGUUAGAUGACGUGUGGGAUAUUACUACAUGGGAUGAUCUAACAAGACCUUUCCCUGAAGCUAAUAAAGGAAGUAGAAUUGUUUUGACGACUCGACAAAAGGAAGUGGCUUUUCAUGGAAAGGGCAACUCUAAUCCUCUUAACCUUCGAUUGCUGAGACGUGAAGAAUGUUGGGAGUUAUUAGAGAAAAGGGCAUUUGGAAACAAGAGUUGCCCUGAUGAACUGUUGGAUGUUGGUAAAGAAAUCGCCCAAAAUUGUAAGGGACUUCCUUUGGUGGCUGAUCUGAUUGCUGGAGUCAUUGCAGGUUUGGAAAAGGAAAAGUCUGUGUGGCUUGAAGUUCGAAAUAAUUUAAAUUCAUUUAUUUUGAACAGUGAAGUGGAUGUGAUGAAGGUUAUAGAAUUAAGUUAUGACCAUUUACCUCUUCAACUGAAGCCAUGCUUUCUGUACCUUGCAAGUUUUUCGAAGGACACAGAAAUCCACAGAAAGGUGUUGAAAAUUUAUUGGCGUGCUGAAGGGCUUGUUGAACAGACAGAGAUGAUGAGUGUGGACGAAGUUUCGGAAAUUUAUUUGGAUAAUCUAAUUUCCAGUAGCUUGGUAAUUGCCUUCAAUGAGAUAGGUUAUUACCCAACUUGCCAACUUCAUGAUCUUGUGCAUGACUUUUGUUUAAUAAAAGCAAAAGAGGAAAAGUUGUUUGGCAGGAUAAGUUCAAAUGAUCCAUCUUCUUCUUCAGAUUUGAUGCCACGCAUAGUGACCAUUGUUUUCGAUAAGGAGAACUUCGGGCCUAACAAUUUCUUCCUGCUCGAUUCAAAAAUGAAAAGGCAUUCUGGUAAGCACCUCUGUUCUUUGUUGAUAACCGGAGACGAGAUGGAAGAUCAUCUUUCUGAUGCAUGUCACCUAAGAGACUUGAGGCUUCUUAGAGUGUUGGACCUGAGUACCUCUUUUAUGAUGGUGAAAGAUUCUUUGCUGAAUGAAAUAGGCAUGUUGAAUCAUUUGAGGUGCUUAAACAUUGGGACAACAGUUAAAUCUCUGCCGUCAUCUUUCUCAAACCUCUGGAAUCUAGAA